CGCGAGCUGGUUUUAUUAUCAUUAUUACUACAAUACGUUGAGUUGGUCAAGUCUCAGCUUUGCCUCCGAGGACGAAGGAGCCCACGAAGUCCCUCCCCAAAAGCCAGACCUCUGUGUGCCGUCGGGUUUGGACUGAAGUCCAGCAUAGUUUGCUUAACGGUCUGCUGCUAGCUUUUUUCAGGAGGUGGGGCUUUUGGCUCAAGGUUUUUCUCAAGACGUUAUUUUUUCGCUGCUGAAGUUUGAAACAGACUUUGGCUGCUCGACUGACUAGCUACACGUCUGCUCGCUCGCCCGCUUGCAAGGAAGGAGCUUUUUAUACGUGUGUGUUUCUACUGGAAAGAAGAGUAAUACAAAGUAAAUAAUUACCGUAAUCCAGCAAGUGGAAGACCAGAGGAAAAAGGUGCAUUUCAACAUGACAGCGAUAGAUUUGGACACGUACAGCCUGUCACUUCUAACAGCCAAAGAAGACAUCCAAAACCCCAGAUCGUCCACUAACUGGGCUCUGUUCACUUACGAUGGAACCAGCAACAAACUCAAACUCUCAGACUCAGGAGCCGGUGGCGCGGCGGAGCUGGCAGGGAAGCUCCACAGCAGUCGGCCGCUCUACGGGUUCUGUCGUGUGGAGGCUCCGGGUUCGGGUCAACCCCGGCUCGUCAUGAUCAUCUGGGUGGGAGAGGGUGUGGAGGAGCCCAGGAGGACAGUGUGUGCCGGUCACAUCCCAGCCAUCAAGAACUUCUUCAAGGAGGCUCACGUCUUCAUCAACGCGCACAGCCCAGCCGAGGUGACAGUGGAGAACAUCAACAACAUCGUCAGCAAGAUAGCGCCCCCUGCUGACCGGUUGAGGAGGCAGGCCCGCGUGGCCGACACCAAGGAGACAGUGGGCACAAACUACAGGAAGACCAACGCUGCCAUGGAGAUGAGGCGGGUCAACAGGGAAUCCUUCUGGGCAAGAUCUGAGGUGAGAGAGACA